AAACACUUGUCCUUCUGUCGCACAGAGCGGAACAUUCUUUUUCAAUCUUUUAACGCAUGCGCAUUUGAACUCCGCGCUUCAUUUUAACAGGCGGUGAUCGCUCUCCAUUAUUGGGAUCAUUCGCGAACUGCUUUGGAUCUAGUGAAGAAGGAAUGGUUCAAAAUGGGUGAAGAUUUGGGAUUAAAAACUUUGAAUGGAUGUCAGGAUGAGAAAAAAUUCAGAAAUGGAGCAGAAGCCGGAGGAAAGGAGAAUGACGUUUUAACAUUUACUGUGGAUGAUGCUGUAAACAGAGCUGGUUAUGGAAAAUUCCAAAUACGAUUAUUAAUAUUAGCUGGUAUAGGAUGGAUCGCAGACGCCUGUGAAAUUUUCAUCCUGUCCGUAAUUGGCGAUUUCCUGGCAUGCGACUGGUCAAUGCACAGAUGGCAAAUUGCCUUGUUAACCUCAAUCGUGUUUGUCGGAAUUUCAAUAGGAAGUCCAGUUUUCGGAAUUCUUGCAGACAUUUAUGGAAGGAAAAAGUCUCUGGUGGGAUCUUUGGCCCUCCUGUUCAUCUUCGGAUCUGUGAGUGCUGCCUCCCCUUCUUACAUAUGGAUGGUGGUGUUCAGAGGGUGCAUGGGAUUUGCAGUUGGUGGACUGGCACAGGGAUUGACACUAUGCACCGAAUACUGCCCAACAAACAUGCGAGGAAAGGCCGGCUUGUAUUUGUGUUAUUUUUGGUCAAUUGGAACAGUUGGUGUGACGCUUUUAGCGUGGCUCGUCAUGCAUUACCUGGACGAUUGGCGUGUCUUGUUGAUCAUUGUCGCCCUGCCUUCUCUGGGUGGAGUGGUAGUUUGGAAGUGGUAUCCUGAGAGUGCCAGGUACUACCUAGUCAGCAAUCAACGGGAGCAGGCCAUCAGGGUUCUGCAAGAGAUGGCUGACAUGAAUGGCGUGGACCUGCCCCCCGGUCAAUUGGUGGAAGUCUCAGAUGAACACAAAAGGGGUCAGGUGAAGGACCUCCUCAGCAAAGAAUACAGGCUGUCUUCUAUACUUUUCUGGUAUAUCUGGUUUGCCACGGCUUUCUCAUACUAUGGAAUAGCCCUCGUCAGUCCAAUCAUCAUUCAGGAGGGAUCGCUGUCGGCAAUUAUGAAUAACAAUAACACAGAGGAGGCACAUUUCGGAGACAUGCAAAAUGUUAUGCCCUGCACGGAGUUCACAAGUGCGAACUUCAUCGAUCUUUUGUGGACCAGCGCAGCUGAAUUUCCUGGUUUGAUACUAUUCACCAUAUUGGUAGAGAGGUGCAACCGCAAAGCUCUUCUCAGCACCACUUGCAUCAUCGGCAGCGUCCUCGUCAUGCUUCUUCUGCUGAACACACAGAACAUUAUCACCUUAUCAAUUCUUUUCGCAGCCAGAGGAAUCCUACUAGCAGAUUUUCAGUUGAUUUUCGUUGUCACUUCAGAGACUUAUCCCACAACUAUACGUUCUGUGGGUAUGGGGUUCGGAAGCUCAUUCUGCAGAAUCGGAGGCCUGGUUGUACCGUACGUAGCGCAGGUGCUUGUGGUUGAAAGUCCUGUUGGUGCAAUGUGCCUAAUCGGCGGAGUCUUGUUUUUAGCAGGGGUGGCUUGUAUGUUCCUGCCUUUUGAAACAAGGGGUAUGAACAUGAAAGAGAUCCAGUGAAGUGGCAGGCGGUGUCAGAGAUAUGGCUCGUUAAAACUUCGGGAUUCGACAAGGAAAUGUCUGGAAUCCCGCAGAAUGCUUCGCUGUGGAUCUCGCUUUUAUUGCUUCUUUACGCUAACAUGUGUGAAAGUAACUUAAACUGACAACUUCAAUACCAAAGAAUUUACUCUUGGGAAUCAAAUAUCGGGAACAAAUGUGACUGACUCAAUUCCGCUUUUUCCGAAUGAGAUUUCGGUCUUUUCGGAACGGUUGUGUACAUUUAGUGAAGAAACCUCUUCAUUUUUAAGUAUCACUGAUUAGUGCAUGAAGUAUUAACAUAAGCAGAAUAUACCAGAAACUCACAAGAAAAUGACCAUCUCGAAAGGAACAACAAUUUCUGGUCUUGGAACGUUCUAGGUAUUUAGAACGAUGAAACGAGGAUCAAAACUUGGACAAUGUGCCAAAAUUCAGACAUCUGGUCUCUUAACUCAUGACAGUGCGAAACAGUUUGCUAAGUAUUUUUGUUUAACUGUGUCUCAUAUUUAUAAAAAUGAUGUUUCGCAAUCGAUUUUUCAGUUAUUUCAGAUAUUCAUUAUCUUUCUGAAAUUAUAUUCAAUUUUGUGUUAUAUUUUACUAUUUUUCUAAUGCUAUAUUUUAAUAAUUUCAUUACCACUUAAUUACCACUAAAUCAUUUUACUUUUUUAACAUUUAUCCCGAGUGAGUGGUGCCAAUUAAUAAUAAAUAUGAAAAAAUUUCAUUUUACUCUAUCUUAAUUAACAUUAUGAAUUAUAAAAAAAAAUAAAAGAUGAAAUAAAAGGAGAGAAAGGUAUAUGUUUCAAAACUUGCAUUUAUUAGUGUAUUUAUUAAUGUAUGAUUAAAGAAGACAUUACUUUUUUUUUAAAAUAUGACUAUCAAAAUCAUUGUAAAAGCGUAAAGACUGAAAUUAAUCACCAGAUUAAUCCUGUUGAUUUUAGUUAUAUAUAUAUAUAAACAAAUAUAACUAAAAUCAACAACAUCCGUAAAAAAAAUCCUAAAAUUAAAAUAUUUUCUUAGGCUUUCAAUUAAUUUAGGAUUCUUCAGUAAUUUAGCAUUACGCUUUAACGUUUUUGUUUGUCUUCCAAUUCAGUUUUUGAUUAAGAAAACGCAUUUUAUACCUUUUAAUAUCCUAAUAAAAAGCCUUUUUUAAUUAUUUUUGCUCUUUUGAUAUUCAAAGGAAAUUAUACAAAAAAAUGUAGAUUAUUGUAGAAAGAGAAUUCUUUAAAAGUUCAUUUUUAAAUUCGAAAGCAAAUUAAUCUUUUUUUAAUUCUUAAAAUUUAUUUCAUUCUGAAAUAUAAAAAAAGAAAGCCAAGACAAACCUGGCACAUUUUUAACUCACUGAAAUAGUCUAAAAUCAGGAUUAAUCUGGUUGAUAUAUGACAUUAUUAUUGUAAAAGCUACAAAAAAAUAAAUUUUAAAAAUAAACAAAUAAUUACUUUAUUUCUCUUUUUUUUUUUUAUUCAAAGUGUUUUCUUAUGAUAUUUCAAAUGAAUUCAUAGUAACGGAAGAAUUAAUAUGACUUUGUUCGAAAUUUCAUUGUUCAAGAGUUUCUAGUGUUCAUGUUAAAAAAUAAUUAGAUAAUCGCAUAUUCAAAACAUAAUAUCACUUGGAAAAGAAAGAAGUUACGAUUAUCUGCUUAUUAUCAUUCAUUUUCAAAUGUUGUGUCUGUGGUUGUGAUGUCCAUUCAAUUUCAUUAUUAUAAUAAAAUAUAUCUAUGUCAUGUA